GCCCUUCCCAGCUCCGGGAAGGCCGGGGCCUCGUGCCAGGCACAGGGAGGUGACCCCUGCCCUCGCCCUCAGGCUGGCCCUCGGUGGCACCCACUGCUGCUGGCGCUGGCGGGGCCGGUGGCCGCCGGGGACCCCGCGGGGGCCCGCAGCGACCGGGCGGUGGGCGCCCUGGUGGGGGUCCUGCUGUGCCUGGCGCUGUGCCUGGCGCUGGCCUGGCACCACCUGUGCCGCCUCUCGGCCGGCCAGUACCACCCUUGGCCGCUGGGUCGCCGGGCCCUGGCGCUGCUGCGGGGACGGUGGCAGCGGCUGCGGGCGCUGGGGGACCCCGGCGAGGCACCCGGGGACAGCGACACGGAGGUGGCCGGGAGGGACGAGGACGAGGAGCUGAUGCCCUGGAGCCUGGAGAGGAGGCCGGAGCGGGAGGAGGAGGAGGAGGAAGAGCGGGAUGCGGCGAAUGAAGAGGAGGAUGAGCAGGAGGAUGAGCAGGAGGCCGAGGCAUCCCUGGCCUUGGAGGGUGGGGAGAGCCCCCCGAGCGGGGGGCAGGGGGCGGGGGGCAGCGCCGAGGCCUUGCUCAGUGACCUGCACCCCUUCUCGGGGACGGCGGCCUGGGAGGACGCGCGGCCAAACGUCACCGCAUUGUGA